UGUCAAUAUCAAUGUGUCAAAUUAAAGCAGUGAAUGUUCAUAAUUUCUUGUUUGAGUUUUCUGUGUACCUAUUUAACUUUUGUUCGCAAUUACCAGUACCAGUUGUAAGUUGUAACAGUAGGUUUGAAUUCUCAUAAACAUUAUCGUAAGAUUACCGACGUAGGCAUAAUUAAUACAUACAAAAUGGAAAGUCUUGUUUUGUUUGAGAAUAAAUCCAUUCAUGACAUCGAUUGCACAGAUGUGUCGUCACUGAAAUGCGAAAUAUCUUUAAGAUAUGGCAUACCCACUGAAGAUUUAUACGUUACGAUCAAUGGGAAGACUAUUGCAAGUAAUUUCGUCCUCAAAAAUUGUCAAAAUAUAGUUAGAAUAUCGUCAAGGUUGGUUGGAGGAAAAGGUGGAUUCGGUUCUAUGUUACGAGCGAUAGGCGCUCAAAUUGAGAAAACUACGAAUCGGGAAGCCUGCCGUGACCUCUCAGGACGUCGACUACGAGACAUUAAUGAAGAGAAGAGAUUAAGAAAGUGGUUAGACGGACAAGAAGAGCGCGAACGUGAGGCUGCAGAAAGAAAACAAAAGAAAAUCGAAAAGAUUCUUGCAGAACCAAAAAUAGAGGUGAAUCUGAAUCCGGAAUACGAGAAGGAGCGUCAAGCGUUACCAGAACGGGUGAGCGCUGCUGUAGAUGCUGGCUGGCAGAAUGCUUCCACUUCUGAAGGCAAUUUAAAAAGAAAAGCGGUUGACAUUAAAGCCAAAAAUAAGAAAAAGAAGUUAUGGAUUGAUGCUGAGCUUUCAGAUUGUUCAUUGAGUGAGGAUGAUGACGCUGAUGAUAUUGAUGAUGGAAACAAAGCCAGUCCAGGCCCUGCUCUGUCAACAGAUAGCGGGAAUGAAUCAGAAAGGAGUAAAAUGUGAUUGUAACUGUUGGAACAUUUAGUUUUAUCAUGGGAAUACCUAUAAACAGUGAACCUAACUAUCUACUGAACUCCUCACCACUGACUCUUAAAUUCAGCUUGGGUGGCACCAUUUGUCACCAGCUUGUGUGAUUAGAUAAAAUUGCAUUAAUGGAUUAAUGAGACUAUGGAUUAAUGAAACAAUAAUAAUAAGAUAAUUUGUGGUGUUCAUGUUGUGUAAAUAGGCAAUGGUUCUUGCACCAUUCCAUUAAACUUAACCCUCUCAGUGCAAAGAAUAAAUGGACGGUGCUCUUAUUGGUGGCAUUGUUGGCAUUGGCUGCCGCGAGACCUCAGGAGUUCGAUGAUGACGAGGACGGCUCUAAUGAUAAAAAAGAUGACGUGGCUCGCGUACAAAUCAAAGUUUACCGUGGACCUACAAAGCAUGAUGGAUAUGCUCCGUGGGGCUUCUGGGUCAAGCAGCCUUCCGACGAGGAGUGAAAGUCGAAGAUAAUCGUUAUUUGUUUACGUCGUCGAAAAUAGAUGGCGCUAGAUUAAAUUUUAUUAGAAAAACCAAAGAUGUCUUAAUCGCGAUAGUGAUCAUAUUAUUAAAUAAAUAGUUUUUAGUUUUAA